AUGGCUAAUGGAAGCAAGAUGUUGGACAAGGAAACGCUGAGUAAAUCGUUGACCAAAUUAGCAUAUGGGUUGCACAUAGAAUAUAUGAAUAUCGAUGAAGCUGUGCAUAAAAUUAUGGUUGGAAUACCCGAAGGGGUAAUGGAGCGGGAGUUGACAAUGUAUAUUGGUGAGAGUCUUGCAGCAUUGACGACGCAGCAUCCAGAUUUUUCUAUACUUGCAGCUAGAAUUGAGGUUGCUGAAUUACAUGGGAGGCUAGCAGGGUUGAAGUUCACUGAUAAUUUGAGCCUUUUGGUUGCUUCAGUGCCAAAGGAAGGUGUUACAGGAGAAGGAGAAGAUGAAGAACACCCACGGAAACGUCAAGCUAGAUCCAGUAAUAGAAAUGCAAGAAUGAAACCACUGAUAAGCAAGGAAUUCUACGAGAUGGCUAUGAAGCAUAAGGAUAUUAUUAAUGAAGCAAUUGAUAGUAGCCGUGAUUACCAUUUUAGCUAUUUUGGAUGGAAGACACUUUGUAAGUCAUAUUUGUUGAAGAAAGAUGGAUUAGUUCAUGAGACGCCGCAGCAGUUGUUUAUGAGGGUAGCUUUGGCGAUCCAUGGGCCAUUUGAUGAUAUUGAUUCUGUAAUAGAGACUUACAAUCUAAUGUCAAAAAAGUUUUUUAUCCAUGCAUCUCCAACUUUGUUUAAUGCAGGAACAGUCCAUCAAUAUUUGUCGUCAUGUUUUCUUUUAGGAAUCAUCGAUGAUUCAAUCGAUGGAAUUUAUGAGACCUUACAGAAGUCGGCAUUAAUUUCGAAGGCGUCUGGGGGACUGGGAAUCCAUGUGUCAACUGUUAGAGGCAGCGGAGCACUAAUUUCUGGAUCUAAUGGAACAUCUAAUGGAUUAGUACCCAUGUUACGUGUUUUCAAUAGUACUGCAAGGUAUGUGGAUCAAGGAGGUAACAAGAGACCUGGUGCUUUUUGUAUCUAUUUGGAGCCUUGGCACUCAGAUAUAUUUGAUUUCUUACAGAUGAGAAAGAACCAUGGCAAUGAAGAGAUGCGUGCUAGAGAUUUAUUUUAUGGUUUAUGGAUUCCCGAUCUAUUUAUGAGACGUGUCGAGGAAAAUAAAGAUUGGUCUUUGUUUUCUCCCGAUGAGGCCCCUGGUCUCUCUGAUUGUUACGGUAAAGAGUUUGAUGAGUUGUAUGAGAGUUAUGAAAGAGAGUUAGUCCCCAUGAAACGGGUUAAAGCUCAAAAAGUGUGGCGUGAGAUUUUGCAAUCGCAAACAGAGACCGGAGGGCCAUUUAUGCUUUAUAAGGAUGCAUGCAACCAGAAGUCUAAUCAAAAGAAUUUAGGUACGAUCCGUUCUUCCAACCUAUGCUGCGAAAUCAUAGAAUAUAGCUCACCAGAGGAGACUGCGGUUUGCAAUUUGGCCUCAGUGGCAUUACCAACAUUUGUUAUAGUAUCUGGAAGUAAGAUUAGUUUUGACUAUGCUAAAUUGCAUUCCGUUGUAAAAGUAAUAACCAAAAAUUUAGAUCGCGUGAUCGAUGUAUGUGAUUACCCUGUUCCAGAAGCUGAGAAAAGUAACAAAAAGAACAGGCCUAUGGCCAUUGGAGUCCAAGGGUUUGCUGAUACUUUAAUGAUGCUGCGUUUCCCCUUUGACUCCAAAGAGGCUGCACGCUUGAAUGUAAAUGUUUUUGAAACGAUAUACCAUGCCGCUAUCGAGGCAUCUGUGGAAUUAGCAAAGAAAUAUGGUCACUACGAAAGUUUCCCGGGCUCUCCAGCAAGUCAGGGACUCUUACAAUUCGAUCUUUGGGGAUUGAACAAAGAGAAUCACAACUUUCUAUAUUCGGAUUGGGACAAAUUAAAAGAGCAAAUAACCUCAGGAGCUGGUUUAAGGAAUUCAUUGCUGGUUGGACCAAUGCCUACAGCUUCCACUUCCCAAAUUCUAGGUUUCACUGAAUCCUUCGAACCAAUGACAUCCAUGAUAUAUACGAGAAGAGUGCUCAGCGGCGAAUACACCAUUAUAAACAAAUACAUGGUUCAAGAUUUCUGUACAUUGGGGAUCUGGGAUGAAAAGCUAAAAAAUAGAAUCAUCCUUGAUAACGGAUCUAUUCAAUCCAUCGAAGGAAUCCCGCAGCAUCUCAAAGACCUGUACAAAACCGUAUGGGAGCUCCCUCAGAAGAGGCUAGUCGACCUGUCGAGGGAUCGAGCUCCAUUCAUCGACCAAUCACAAUCCCUCAACCUGUUCCUGAAAGAACCGACCAUGGGGAAACUCACCAGUAUGCAUUUCUACUCUUGGAAAAAGGGCCUAAAAACAGGAAUGUAUUAUCUAAGAACCCAAGCCGCAUCCAGUGCUAUCAAAUUCACCAUCAGCGAGGAUAACACGUUGUCUGGCCCUGUAAAUAUUACCACUAAGGGUUCGUUUCCUCAUCUAGAAUACUGUGCAAAGUAUCCCGGCGUUGCCCACGAUAUAGAUGCCAAUACACCAUCCACUACCACGACCAAUACUACUUCACCAUCGUCACCCAACUCCCCUCCCCAGGAUAGCAAUGUUCCAGAAGAUGACUUCAAGAUCCACGAUCCCACACCCUUAGUUUGCACCCUUCUACAAGAUCCCUCCACAUGUGAAAGCUGUUCGGGUUAA